UUUAGGGCGAAAAGUGAAAACGUCGGAAUUUAUAGUAAAGGCAAUUAUUUAAAGGCGGAUGCGAAAAGGCCGAGAAAUCAAACGGUUUUAUAUUAUUCUUUUGAUAUAAUCAUACAAAACAUUUUAUUCUUCUCCAUGUUCAAUAUGAUUUGUGGGAGAAAGAUACAAGUAAAGAAAAAAUUGCAUUAAUUUAUAAGAGCAAUCUUUACUUCUCAAAUUUCUUUCGAAUCAAAUUUUGGAUAUUUACGAUGAAACCGUCUUUAAGAACAGUUCUUAGGAACUUUCUGAAUCAUUUCGAAGAUUAUGAAGCGAGAAAAAAAUUGUGUGACGAUCAGUACGAACAUGAAUUUCAGCAACUGAAAAAAUUGACUGACCAGUUGAGGGAGGAUCCUGAAUAUUCUUGUUCGUGGGCACUAAAAGAUGUAAAUAGACCUAAAAACCGAUAUAAAGACAUUGUCCCUUAUGAUAAAUCUCGAGUGAUCCUUCCAAAACAUGAUGGUGUGCCAGGAUCAGAUUAUAUCAAUGCUAGCUAUGUUAAGGGGUCGAGUGGUGCACUUGCAUAUAUUGCUGCUCAAGGUCCUUUGCCCAAUACUGUGAUAGAUUUUUGGAGAAUGAUUUGGGUUUGUGAUGUUCAAGUGAUAGUUAUGGCAUGCAAUGAAAAGGAAGCUGGUAAGACUAAAUGUGAAACUUAUUGGCCAAACAAAGGUGAAAUCAAGCAUUAUGGAAAUAUUUCCGUAGAACUGAUUGAUACCUCUCAAGUGUGUCCUGACUUUAUGGUCCGAACUCUGUUAGUGAAAUGUGACUCUGAAAUGAGGGAUGUUUAUCAGUUUCAUUAUACAUCUUGGCCGGAUCAUGGCACGCCUGAAACUGUUCAUCCUAUGCUGGAGUUGGUUCGCUUGAUGAGAGAUUGCCAAGCAUCCGAAACGGUACCCAUUGUUGUUCAUUGCAGUGCUGGAUGUGGAAGGACUGGAACCAUAUGUGCGGUAGACUAUGUUUGGGCUUGCCUUAGACAUGGGAAAUUAUCCGAGGAUUUCUCUUUAUUUCAAAUUGCAUUAGAACUUAGACGACAAAGAAUUGCUAUGAUCCAAACAAAGGAACAGUAUAUGCUGGCUCAUAAAGCUGUUGCUACUUUGUUUGAACAGCAACUCAAUGUGAUAGACUGUCAUAUUUAUGUCAACCUUGAUGAAGAUGGUGAACCUCUCAUGUGGAAAGAAUUAUCAAAAAAUAAAUUUGCUCUUAUUAAAAAAGAAAACUCAUGCACAAAAGAUUCAUCAUCCUCUGCUAACAAUUCUACCAAGGACAAAGUGGAAGAAAGACUUAAUUUGCAGUUCAAAGAUUCUGUUGCCAAAGAAUCAUCUCAAAAAAGACCUAGUAUCACAGAUGUUGAAUCUCCUCCUAACAAUAAGCUUAAUGAUAAUAUGAGUACUUCAGAGCCUUUAAUUGGCAUUAAUAACAAGACUAGUGAAAGCAAUAUUUCUCGUAAUUCUUGCUUAUCCCAACAUAGCAGUGAAGACACUAUACCAUUUAUUGAUGAUGAUGAAAUAAGUAUAAGACCCAACAAUGGCAGAGCAUAUUUAAAUAUGCCAAGUUCUGGUAGCUUUUCAAAAAUUAUUAAUCGGUUUGAUCCUUUUGUUGAUCAGAUAAUUUUGGAUACAGAUGAUAGUAGUCCUGAUGCUGAUCCAGGCAAUUUUCCUCAAAAGAUUACAGACAUACAGUCAGCUGAAAAUGUUAAUGGUGAUCAAAGUAGUAUAAGCAGUUCCAAGCAGGAGAUCAGCUCUGAGAAUUCAGAUCAAAUUUUUCCAAGUAAUUAUGCCACACUUCCUUGUGGUAGUUCUCUAAAUAAAAAUUAUGGAAAAACUGGCAUUCGUGAAAGUUAUCCACCUUCAAGGAGCAGAUAUGAUGAUUCAGUUUCUGAUAUCAUAGAGGAAGGUGGUGAUAAUAGUAAAGGUUCAAAAAAAGUAGGUAAAGCAACUGUCGUUCGUAGACCUAGUAUUUCGAAAUUAAAGGCUUUAUUUGAGAAAUCUGGCCUAUCUUCAAAUAAAUCUUCAAAUGAUGGUGGAAAGAGAUCAUUGUUUAGGCAUAAUUCUCACAAUGUUUCUCGAGCUGGUUCUGCCCCACCUUCUUUAAAUUGUAUGGACAAAACCUCAGCUGUUGAGAAAGAAUCCAUUCUCAUGUUAGUCACUCGUAAAUUCCGUUCUUCGUCUGUCAGAACAGAGCGUGAAGUCAGUUCAAAAUCAUACGACAAAUCUCAUAGGAAAUCUACUCCUGGAUCCAUUAUGAAUUUAAGGGAAGGAUUUGCCACUUUGUCAAGGACUGUUUCAUUCAACUUAAGUAAAACAUUACGAAGUUAUUCUCCUUCUAAAACUCGAGAAAAGUCAUCUGUGUCGGAGAGUGGAAGCAUUUCUUCUGUUGCUGAGGGUACUUCAUCUGGCAAUAAUAAAUCAAAACUGCCAGAAAUACAACCCAAAGGUAAAUCUACAUGGUAUGAUAAAUCUUCUUUGCCUCGUGCUGUAGCUGUGGUCAAACCAACUGAGAAACUUAGUCCAACUCCUGAUGCAUCAAAUACUGAUGAGCCAAAAAGCCCUACGUCAAAAACGUAUACAGACAAAAGUCCUUUUCCUUCAGUAAUUCCUAAGCCUCCCAAACUUUUGCCAUUCUUUAAUUCUCUCAAUAAAUCGAAUGGGAAAGAUGCAUCUGCAAUGUGGUAUAAUGAAGUAGAUGAAAAUUUGAGUAAUUCGGAUUCUACUACUAAAAGUAUUCCCACCACUGAUAUGGAGACUACAAAAUCCUUCUGUAAGUCUCACAAUAUCAAGGUAUUGCCUUUUAUUCAUUCAAUUACUCCUUGGAAGAAAACUGUGUCAAAAAGUCCAUUAUCUAGUCCUGAGAGUCCAAAACAUUUUGAAGAAGCAGUAUCAGAAAUGGCCAGUGCUAUUAGUAAUUCUAAAUUCUACACGGAUAUUGGGAAUUCAAAUGAUAAACUUGAAUUACCAAUCAAGAACUUGAGAGAAGAAACUUCAUCAUGUCCUGUGCCUGAAGAAAUAAUACCAUUGAAUUCAGUCUCGGAAGAUCACAAAGAAACUAGUGAAGAAAAUUUGAAAAUAUUGAAAGAACCUUCAGAAAUAUCUCAGAGUAAUCUUGAUUCUAUUCAAGAUAAGAAUGGUGCUGUUUCUAAAGAAGCCAAUGAUGUACCACCAGCUAUACCUAAAAAAAUGAUUAUUGGUAAACAAAAGCAUUUAGAAAAUCAGAUAUUUUUUAAUGAGCAUGAAGUGCUGCCCAAUGCUGAUGGUAAUGUGUUGGAUAACACAGCUGCUCCUGUUAAAAGGAAGGAUUCAGGAAUCAAGCCUCCCAUCGAAGGAAAAAUAGAAUCACCAUCUUUGUCUCCAAAAGACCAUUACAUUAAUGUUACUCCAAAAACUCUAAAAAAUAUUGAGCAGAUUGAAAAUACUGUUUGCAAUAAUCCACGUGGUGCUAUCAUUGAUUUGACUUCUAGAGAAUCUUACUGUAUGGAAGAAGAGCUUGAUAAUGCUCUAAAACAGUUGUCAGAAUCAUCAGAGACUAAAACAUCUGUGAUAAAAAGUGUUUCUAAAUUUCCAGGUUAUGAAGUAAUAUGGCCAGAAGAAAAAUAUACAACAGAUAACCAUCCCUUAGAUCUUGAUUCUAAAAACAAGUUUAAAUUCCAUCUGUUGAAGGAAGCUAAUGAUGUAGCUUCUAAACACUGUAAAACUGGUCUGUGUUACAGUCCACCACUACGAAGAAGUAUGAAUGCUCAAUUAGGUUUAGCAAAAUGCCGUUCAUGUUCUAAUAUCGAUUGGCUGGAAACUAACGAAAAUGUCUCUGUUGUGGAAAAUUUGAAAGAACCUAAUAACACACCUACAAAAAAGCUUGUAAAUGAAGCCGUAGUGGAACUAAAUACUCUUUUAGAUCGAUUAACUACAAGGACCUUAUCUGAGGAUCCAGAACUGGAAGCUAAGCAUAAGCAAAUUAAUAAAACUGCAGGAUAUGAAAAUGGUGCUUUUCAAAAUAAAUGGCCAGGAAGUGAUAAUUUAAUGACGCAUUCUGUAACUAUAGUAUCUAAAUCUAAUAUUUCAGAUUGUUCACCGAAAGAAGAAGAAAUUGUUUUCCACUUCCCACCUCCACCACCACUUCCACCCCCUGAAGAAGAUCAGCCAACAGAAACAUUCAAUAUUGUUCGUAAAAAUGGAACUAUAAAGUUAGCUAAUAAAGAAAAAACUAAAGAUAGCUCAACUGAGCCUGUAUGCACCAAAGAUCAUUCAACAAGUAGUGCAAGUUCUACCGAAGACUCACUACAAAUAGUUCCUCAACCCACUCCUCGUAAAAGCAAACAGAGUGGCUUGCGAAAAUCUGCUUCAUACACAAAUAUAUGUGUGCCACAGAGCAAAAGUAAAGGUUAUGAGAAUGUGUUUUUAGAAAAAUAUCAAACUCUAUCUCGUCUGCAAAUAGAAACAAAGUCUGACAGCCUUAACCAGUGUCCAGAUGUUCAUUCAAAAGAAAGUACGAAACCAUUUAACAGUAAUAAACCACAAAUAAUCAAGCCGAAGCCAGAUUAUGUUAACGUCAGAGAACUGCAUAUAUCUAAUUCACCAAAAUUGGGCAGGAAAAGUCCAAAAAGAGAUAAGGAUGAAGAAUGUACAUCUGUCUUAAAAUUUAGCUCUGACGAAAUGAGGAAAACUUCUAAUGUAUAUAAUGUUUCAAAAGAGUCUUUUACGAAAUUUGAUAUGAGCAAAAGUUGCCCUCCUUCUGAACUAAAGUUGUAUUCUACUUUCUCUGUGGAAAGUGGUGAUAAAUAUUCUACUUAUGGCAAGAUCUGUAAAAUUUCUGAUAAACAGUUACUGACAUCGGAAAAAAAGCUUCAGGAUCAUCAAUAUAUAAAUUUAAAUAUUGAAAAAAUGUUGGAUGAAACCAAGAAAAAACCUUCACCUUCAAAAAAGACUGAACGAGCUCCAUUACCACCAAACUCUACUCAUGCUGUGGAAACCAAAGAAAUUCAUUCCAUUAAAGAAUUGCAUAAAAAACUCCCAUCACGAAAACUUGAAAAAGCUCCCUUACCUCCACCAUUAUUACAAAAAAGUUUCACUGCUGGUAACUUAGUGAAGAAAAAUAUGCCAAAUACUUCUCACUAUACAAACUUUCCUCCUUAUCGGGCUCAUAUUUCUGAGGAAGCACCUGUUCUUCCUGCUGUGCAUGAAAAUAUAUCUAAUGAUUUGCCUGCAAGUGCUGUAACUGCCAAUUUACCUAAGACUGAAGUAAAAAGUCAUCAGAGCCCUGGCAUGGGUCGUGGUUUGUCCCAUUCACAGUCAGAUGCUAGUGUUUUCCUUGCAUUAAAAGAGCGUAAAAUGCAACCUGUAAAUAAAGGACUUAAAAUUUUUGGUGAAAAUCAAUUAUUGGCUAGAAAAGUAUUGAAGCAUAAGAAAGAAUUAGUUUCUGUUAGCAGCAGUGAUAGUGACAGCAGUUAUGAGCGCAUAUUUUUUGAGAAGCCAUCAGAACAAUUGGCAAAAGCCAUUUCCAAACAUACUAAUAAAGAACAAAUAAAUAAUAGUUCUCCAAGAACUUAUAAGAAGGAAAUGCCUGUUGCACCACCUAGAUCAAAAAGGCGCAAUACAACAGAAAUAAACUAUGCAAAGGUGAAAAGCAAAGAUGCUUCGCCUUUAGCAAAUGCCUCUGUAGCUACUCAAGACCAGCAGAAGCACAAGUCUCAUCUCCUACGGAAGGUUUGCUCAGCAUCUGAACCUCCUCCUGCUAUUCCUUUAAAAACUAAAGAUGCCUUUGAAAUUCCAGAUGUAUUUGGUAUUAAAGGUAAUGACAGAAUGGGAGAUAAAAGACUGGAUGAUUCUACUAGUUCUGAUGUCAAAAGAUGAAAUUUUUGGCUCGUAAACAGAUGCAUGAUCUUAUCUGAGAUGUGUACUUAAUUUUUCGUCUUUGCAUUUCCCUCCUUCAUAUUUUAUUUGACCUGGUGAUGAUACACUGUGAUCUAAAUGCUUUAAAAAAAAUUACAUAGAAUAUAUUUUUUAAACUGCAUGUACUCCGGUUAGAUCUGAUUAAUUUUAACAGUUCAAAUUUUUAUGAUAGUAAGGUAGAAGAAUCUUUUUAUAUAAAUUUUAUUUUAUAGCUCUUGAUUUCUUUUUACAAAAAUUAUUUAAAUUAUUUUUAUAUAUUUAAGAUUAUUAUGAUGUUUUUAUGAUGAAAAUAUUUUAUUUGUUAUGUAAACACAUAUAUUUAGCAAAUUAUUUUUGUUGAAAAGUUGCAUUUUAUAGAAAAAUUAAUGUAAUCAUACACAUUGCAUUCUUGCAUAGUUAUGGAAUGCUACUUGUUAAAGUAAAAACUUAAUGAGGAUUAUUGUUUUAGUUAUCAUUUAUCAAGAUAAGACUUUAUAUCACCAGUGUUACUGCAAAUUUGUCUCUGUACAUAUGUGUGUGUAUUCCUAAGAUUUAUCAAUCAUAUGCCAGUAAGAUGGAUAUUUGCUUUUUGCACUUGCAUUUACUAUGAAUGUCUGUGACAUUUUUAGUUUUUCUGUAUUAUAUAUGUACAUAAAACAUAUUUAUAAUCUGCUAGUGAUUAUUUUUCAAAGGUGCCUUUCUUUUUUACUAUUUUACAUCUGUUAAUUGUGUGUAAAAAUGUAUGUGAAAAAAUAGAAUUGCUUCAAAGUUUUGCUUAUUGCUUCAAUUUCAGUCAUUCAAACGAUUUUGAUAAAUUUGACAAAUCAUCUUUAUUUUUCAUCUUCUUGUCUUAGCUUUAAAAUUAAAGUGAACUUUAUUAUUAGUUAUUUAAUUGGAUUGAAUAGUUUUUUUUAAUGCUAUAUUUUUUACUCAAAAUAGAAGUAUUGUUAUUUUGUAAUUUGUUAUCUUCCUUCUUAUAGAUGGAGCCCAAGUUUAGUAUUGUAUAAAACACAAAACAUUAAGUCCCAACAUAGUCUGAAACUUUUAAAGAAAACAAUUUUAGCUAAUAAAUUUUUUUAAGUAGCUAUUUAUUCGAUUUGAUUCAUAAUGUUUUGAGUUCUUAUUUUGUAGAAUGCUAAUUUUGUUUCUUUUAGAGAACAUUCAUUAAAACAGUUGGACAUAAUUAUUCAAUUAGUAAUCAGUUUGCAAAGAUAUCUUUGAAGAUAUAGAUAACCUUCACAAAAUAUUACAGAAAAUAAAAUUCUAAUGCUGUAUUUUUUCAAACUUAAUCAUUGCAUUAAAAAAAGCCUAUUGAACUUUCAGCAGAAGUUUAUGCUUUCCAAUCAUUGUCCAUAUUUUUUUAUGACAGUUUAGCCAUUAUGAUCUGUUAAAUAAGUUUGGAAUAUAUAAUCAAGCCUUUGGACAAUAUUUGAAGUGCCGAAAAUUUUCUGUAUGUGUUGCCUGAUACAUGUCAAAUCUAGUCAGGCAUGAAGCAUGCUUAUAUUUGUGUGUAAGUAGAUUAUUAUUAUUUUUUGGUGCAUUUGAAAACUUGGUUGAAUAUGUAUCUUUUUUUUUUUUUUUUUUUUUUUUUUUUUUUUUUUUGUAUGCAGCUGUCUUAGACAAAAAAACCAAGAUUAGAACAUACAAAUCUAAUUACAAAGUUAAGUUCGAACCUGUGACUGGAAGGUGCAUCAGUUUUAAUCAAGGUGGAUAUCUUUUAUCUAUAUAAUGUUGUUUUUUUUUUAAUCUUUUCACAUUGAUUUUUCUCUGGGUAUUUCAGAACAUUAAACAUUAUAGAAUGAGUCAUCUCUUUAGAUGUCUUUUUUAACAUUUGGCUGCAUUUCUUUAGUAGUUAUUAAAUAAGAUAUAACAGUAAUCAUUAAUGUUCAUGGUUUGGUUGAAAAAAUAAUAGUAACUGACUGUUCAAGUUUAAAAUAAUUCCUCCCUGCAAAAUCAGUUUUGUUGCAUCAUUAAUAGAAGGAAUUAUCAUUAAAUAUAAUAGUCAACCAGCUGCAAAUUUAAAAUUAUUUGAAUAUUGAAGCAAUAAAAGAUAAGGUUUUGUUAAAAAAUUCAGGAUUUUUAAUGCUCACUCUGCACUUUCAUGUAAAUGAAAAUACAGUAGCUGCCAUUUGCUGUGAUAAAGAAUUUUGAUAACAAUAACCAAGUGAAAUUAACUAAAUUUUUAUCAUAUCAAGAAAAAAAUAUUUAAAAAAACACUUCAGAUAACAAUAAUUGAUUUUGAAAAUAUCAUUUAAAAAAUUUAUUAAUUAUACAUGCUUGUAUUGAGCUUUUAAAAUUUACUGAAUGAUAGCAUCAAGUAUCUAUAUAUUAAGUGCUUGACUCAUUUAGGUAUUCUAUCGAGGAUUCUUCAAUACAUUUUUUUACUUUUUGAUAAAAUCAAAAGUAAAUAACAAAUAUUAUUUGUUAUUCUUUUUAUUUAAGAUU